GUUGUCAGAUCUUCUUCUUCUUCGUUUCGUCGGAUUGGUGUGCGAAGAAGAAUCCCGGGUGGGGAUUUCAGUACCCAUGUGACGCGAUUUCGCCGUUGAUUUGUCGAUCGAUAGUUGUUGGCAUUGUGGCCCUCUCGUGGCCGUAGUUUCUGGCCCCGCUACUCGUUCGCAGCCAGCCAGCCAGCCAGUCCCUUCAAUCCUCGUGAUUGUGCGUGUGUUGGGAUUAAGGCGAGCUGGAGCAUUGAUUGUAGUUUUUAGUGUGCGAACUGGGUCGCUGGGGUCGGAGUCGUGAGCCGGAGUGGUAGUAGCCAUGGCGACGAUGCGAGCGAGCCAGGUUGUGGCGCCUAGUUCGUUCGGGGAAGCCGAAUUGGUGAAGAAGGGCGUGCGCGUCGUCCCCAGGGCUUUGCGAAUUGGCAGCUCGAGUGUUUGGAGGGGUACGACACGGGGUUUACACGCCGUGAAGAAGUCGACGGAGUGCAGCAAGCCUGCAGCUGCGAGUCCCGGCGCUCCCCGGGCCGACAUGUCAGACCGCGAGAUGCCCCCUAGCCACAGGAUUAAAGCUGCUAGCAUUUCGGCCUUCCAGGAGUUUCAGAAUGCUCGAGCUAAUCGGUACACGCAAGUGAAGAGCAGUAUUAUGGUAUUGGGAUUAAGUAUCCACACUACUCCUGUGGAGAUGCGCGAGAAGCUUGCAAUACCUGAAGCCGAAUGGCCUCGCGCGAUUGAUGAGCUCUCUGGUCAGAACCAUAUCGAGGAAGCGGGUGUUCUCAGCACAUGUAACCGGUUUGAAAUCUACGUGGUCGCUGUGUCUUGGAACAGAGGAGUCAAGGAGGUCACUGAAUGGAUGUCGAAGACAAGCGGAAUCCCAGUUGAAAACUUGAUGGAGCAUUUGUUUGUUCUGCGGGAUCAAGAUGCUACUCAGCAUUUAUUCAGAGUCUCCUCAGGUCUUGACUCUUUGGUUCUUGGAGAAGGCCAGAUUCUUGCCCAGGUUAAGCAGGUUCUUAAGGUUGGGCAGGAGGUCUCCGGCUUCGGCCGCAACCUCACAGGUUUGUUCAAGCAGGCCAUCACCGCGGGGAAGCGAGUAAGAACCGAAACUAACAUCUCUGCUGGAGCUGUCUCUGUAAGCUCUGCAGCUGUGGAGUUGGCCGUCAUGAAGCUCCCAGUUGGGGGUGUUUCCCGGGUGAAUGUAUUGAUUGUGGGAGCUGGAAAGAUGUCGAAGCUACUAGUGAAGCACUUGAUCUCGAAAGGAUGUACGCGAAUGGUCAUCGUGAAUCGGUCAGAACAAAGAGUUCUCGAUCUACAGACCGAGUUCCCCGAUGCAAAAAUCGUAUACGAGCAACUCGGCGAAAUGUUGCGGUGUGCUGGAGAAGCCGAUCUUGUCUUCACGAGUACCUCAUCAGAGGUUCCCCUAUUCAUGAAGGAGAAUGUGGAACCCUUGGCCCCUGCAUCGCAGGCUAGUGGAGGUGUGAGGCACUUCAUCGACAUUUCGGUGCCGAGAAACGUCGCAGCGUGCCUCUCCGACUUACCCUCCACGCGCGUGUACAACGUAGACGACUUGAAGGAAGUGGUGGCAGCCAACAAGGAGGACAGGCGGAGAAAAGCAGCAGACGCACAGGUGAUCAUCGACGACGAAAUCCAAAACUUCGAGGCAUGGAGGGACUCGUUAGAAACGGUGCCCACGAUUAAGAAGCUACGGUCCUACGCGGAGCGAAUCAGACAAACCGAGCUGGAGAAAGCCUUGAGCAAAAUGCCGGAAGAUUUGACGACAAAGCAGAGGCGGGCACUGGAGGAUCUAAGCAGGGGCAUCGUGAACAAGCUCUUGCAUGGGCCGAUGCAGCACCUGAGAUCAGACGGCACGGACUCCAAAACCGUAAACGAAACCAUCGAGAACAUGCACGCGCUGGAGAGGAUGUUCGAUCUGGGCUCCGAGGUCCUGCUUGUGGAGGCAAAAGCCAAGGGGAAGAAAUGAAAAAGUCCCACCCAGUUAGGGUCUCUCUCUCUUCCACAGUUUUGUACACUAGGCAAAAACAAACACUAAACCAUCAAUAACUGAGAACCCACUCGUCGACACAUUCUUGUCGUCGAGUUCGCACAUUUGUUGAGGUAGAAUGAGUCCCGUUCCGAGACUCACUCUAGAUUUCUCUUCCUUUAAGUAGCACUAGUAUAGCAGCAUGUCACAUGUUCAUACAUUCCAAUAGUAGACAUGCUGUUGUCAAGCUUCGCUCUCCCACUUUCUCGCUCUCGCUCUCUCUUUCUUUCUGGCUCUUGGUUGCUAAGGCAACAACAACAACCACAUCAAUUACAUACGUGUACCUUGGGGCACUCACUGCAGGGUUUUUCUCGGUGUCAUUUUAAUGCAAGUUUGUGCAGAAUGAGCUCUCA